ACUCCGAUACAAAUCUUUCUUGAGUCACUAGCAGCCGCGAGCUCGUUGUCUUGGUGAUAUUCCGUGUGAACUGUCGCCGGUUAGUUUUAUGGUUUGCUCCAGCCGAGUCAACCGGGAUCCUCGCGGGACGCUGCUUUGAAACAUGAAGUCCUUAAAUUCGCGUUUUAUAUUUUGCCUGAGUUUAACCCUAGUCAGCUCAAGCUUUGGAUUCUAUCUUCCGGGUUUAGCACCAGUCAGUUUUUGCGAGAAAGAAGAUGCGAAGGAAUGUCAGAAAGAGAUACAGCUGUUUGUGAAUAGGCUGGACUCAGUAGAAUCAGUUCUGCCUUAUGAAUAUGAUGCGUUUGAUUUUUGCAAAGAUUUGGAUGAAAGAAGGCCCUCAGAGAACCUUGGGCAGGUGUUAUUUGGAGAAAGAAUAGAGACAUCACCUUACAAGUUUUCUUUUAAGGCUGACAAGGCUUGUGUGAAGGUCUGCACCAAAACGUAUGAUACAGGUUCAAAAGAAGACAAGUUAAAGUUGGACUUCUUAAAAAAAGGAAUGGAGCUGAAUUACCAGCACCACUGGAUUGUUGACAACAUGCCAGUGACAUGGUGUUAUAUCAUAGAGGACAACCAGAAAGUUUGCAACCCAGGAUUUCCAGUUGGAUGUCUAGUAAACCAAGAAGGAAAGCCAAAGGAUGCCUGUGUGAUAAAUGCUGAAUUCAACAGGAAGAACACUUUUUAUAUUUUCAACCACGUGGACAUCACCAUAGUUUACCACAGUGGAGAUGAAACAAAUGGGAUGAAUGCACGACUUGUGGCGGCAACACUGGAACCAAGGAGCAUCAAGCAUAGUGAUGACGUCAAUCCAACGUGUGAUGGCACUCCAAUGGACAUUCCAGCAGAAUUCAGCAGUAAUCUCAAAAUCACCUACUCUUAUUCAGUUACAUUUAAGCAAAAUGAUGACAUUAGGUGGGCUUCUCGAUGGGAUUACAUUUUGGUUUCCAUGCCUCACACCAACAUCCAGUGGUUCAGCAUCAUGAACUCAUUGGUCAUUGUGCUCUUCCUGUCUGGCAUGGUGGCCAUGAUCAUGCUGAGAACUUUGCACAAGGAUAUUGCCCGGUACAACCAGCUGGAUCAGGCAGACUGGGUUAAGAUCCCUCCAGCUGCAAACGUUACCUAUGAAGAAGCCCAGGAGGAGUCUGGCUGGAAGCAGGUUCAUGGUGAUGUGUUCAGGCCGCCCAGGAUGGGCAUGCUUCUGUCUGUCUUCCUGGGACAGGGCACUCAGGUCUUCAUCAUGACCUUCAUCACCCUUUUCUUGGCCUGUCUGGGAUUCCUGUCUCCAGCCAACAGAGGGGCUCUCAUGACAUGUGCAGUGGUGUUGUGGGUUCUGCUUGGCACACCUGCUGGAUAUGUGUCUUCCAGACUCUAUAAGACUUUCGGUGGUGAAAACUGGAAAACCAAUGUUCUUCUCACCGCCUUUUUGUGUCCUGGGAUUGUGUUUGUGGAUUUCUUCUUCAUGAAUCUGAUCCUGUGGGUAGAGGGCUCCUCCGCUGCAGUUCCCUUUGGUACACUGGUCGCCAUCCUGGCACUGUGGUUUGGCAUCUCUGUUCCUCUCACUUUUGUGGGUGCAUACUUCGGCUUCAAAAAACCAGGCAUUGAGCCACCAGUGCGAACAAACCAGAUCCCACGCCAAAUUCCUCAGCAGUCCUUCUUCACCAAACCCUUGCCUGGCAUCAUCAUGGGCGGCAUCCUGCCCUUCGGCUGCAUUUUCAUCCAGCUCUUUUUCAUCCUCAACAGCAUCUGGUCUCAUCAGAUGUAUUACAUGUUUGGUUUCCUUUUCCUGGUCUUCAUCAUCCUGGUCAUUACUUGCUCUGAGGCAACCGUUCUGCUCUGCUACUUCCAUUUAUGUGCAGAGGAUUACCACUGGUGGUGGCGAUCAUUCCUGACCAGCGGUUUCACAGCAGUGUAUCUGUUUAUCUACGCAGUGCAUUACUUUUUCUCAAAACUACAAAUCAUAGGGGCUGCGAGCACCUUCCUCUACUUUGGUUACACCUUGAUCAUGGUGCUCAUUUUCUUCAUUUUUACAGGUACUAUAGGCUUCUUCGCCUGCUUCUUGUUUGUAAAUAAAAUCUACAGCGUGCUGAAGGUGGACUAAGUGAGGGACAUUUGGAGAACACCACAACAUCGUCUUUUUACAAAUCAGCUUUUAUGUGGAUAUCUGAAUUGACAUUUAAAUGAAGGUUGGUGUGUUUGGCUCAACUGUAAUUCACUGACCUGUAGCAGGUGUGCGUGUGAACUCCAAAGACCCUUUUUCAGUGCUUUACUUGUCUCACGUUGCCUAUGACUUCAUUCCAGCUAAACCUACCACACUGAGAGCAGAAGCCCAUAUCUUAUGUAUAAAAUUGUCUUAAUAUGCUUUUAUACAGAUCCAGAUGUAUGUUUUAUUGGAUCAUCUGUAAAGACAUAAUUUGAAUAUUUAAUACAAUUCCUGUCCAUGUUUUGGCUUUUGUACAUUUUUGACAGAUCAAAUGGGACACAAUUUUGGGUGCAGUCAUAUUUAGCUUUGUACAGCAAAAUUCUGUGGGCUAAAAGCAGUCAUCUUAAUAAAAAUCCACGCAAUCCGUAAUUUUGUGAGUGACACAUAGGGCUGGACGAUAAAUCGAAAAGUAACUGAAAUUCGUUUUUUUUUAAAAAUCCUGUUAAAACCUUCACAUUAAAUGGGUCCUAUUGCGCUUUUUCACUUUUUGAAUUUUAGGCAGUGUGUGGUAUGUAUGUUAAGGAUUAAAAAGAUCUACAAAGUUACAAAUCUUAAAGUACACUCCAAAUGGAGACAUUUAGUUUUUAAAAAAUCCUUUUUGAAGAAUUACAACGAAUGGCUCAAACAGCAGCGUUGUUUUCCGGGUGUUGAGAUGUCACAAAUCACAUUAGAAUAUCAUUAUAAUAAAUCCCGCCUACAGAAAUUUGAAUGGAUGUGGGCUGGGUAGGGACGAGGUAGGGGAUUAGCCUAACUUUAGCGAUGCAGCACGGAGAGCCGCUUCUGGGACACUUCAACGAACCACGGUUUCGUGGUUUGUGACUAAAGUGGCCGCGAUCUGCUCUGGUGGCCGUGUCGGAGCCAUAACGCGCCACAGGCAUGUGCAGUGUGUGGUAAGAGACUUAUACUUAUCAGUUAUAACGCAAAUGUUUUCUAAAAUGCAUGAACUUGCACUAGGCUAGGCUAGGCUAAUCAGUAAUGAUGUUUUUUGAUAAUGUUAAUGUUCUUUGCUUGUUUUCUGUAGCUGCUUUUUGAAUAAUUACGGAAAUGUAAGCAUUAUAAUUAGUAACUUACAAUGUUUUUAUUCAGUUGUUGUAAUGUUAAAUACAAAUGAAGUCAUAUUAAAGGGGUCAUCGGAUGCAAAGUUCACUUUUCCAUGUUGUUUGAACAUUAAUGUGUGUUGGCAGUGUAUGUACACAUCUACCCUAUAAUAAAAACACAUGCAGUGGUUUUUGAUUAA